UUCUCUCUCUCUCCCUGCCUCAGUAAAGAAGACUCCAGUGACAAGUUGCCAAGUUUCUCGUUCACACAUCUUUUAAGAGGGCGCUCGCACACAGGCGGCACAGUCGCAAUUUUGUUGGCGGUGGCAAAGGUGCUUCUUAACUCCUCACUUUUGCCUUCACUCUUCUGCUGAAAGUCGGGGACACGGAAUUCCUGGGUUCGUUGUGGCUCAGGUGGCUUCCCUCUUUCCUCAUCUGAAGUGUCCUCUAACCUUAACCGGCCGACACCUGCGAGAGGAGACUGAGAGAAAAGUACCAGAAGUGUGGUGCCUGACGCCAACGAGAUUUUUUAUUUUUAUUUGUUUUUUAAAGCGAGAAAGCGAGAGACUGCAUCAAGGACCGUGACACACUUCAAAGUUGAAACCGUGGUUAACGGAAACAUGGAGGCCGAUGGUACUUCGUGUAAACUCACCGUGCUGGCAUUUAUCUGCCUGUGGGGGUUAUCAGGCAUUUGGGCAGAGAUCCUGAUGCCCCAACCACAUUUGGAUGUAUUGAAGGGUCAGAUGGUGGUUCUGAAGGCUUCAUACAACACAGUGCCUGGUAGCGACCUAGGCACAAACACCAUCCUCUGGAACCUCGUUUCCAACAACACUCAGCUGAUCAUUUCUUACACCAAGGGAUCCAUAAGCGUGGGGAGUUCCCAGUUUAAAGGUCGAGUUGGGUUCACCUCGAGCAUGCCCUCGAGUGACGUGUCUCUGUUCAUCAACAACACCCAGGAGUCUGAUUCGGGACGUUACCUCUGCCAGGUCAUCAUCCCAGAUAACCCUGGCCUCACUGCUCAACUCACCCUGGAUGUUAGAGUGCCACCUGCUGUCCCAAAGUGCACUUUGUCAGGGAAACCAGUGCUGAAAGGAAACGUGACGCUGAGCUGCAAGUCUGACAGUGGGAAGCCAAUUCCAUUGUAUAAGUGGACCAAAACCAGUCCCAGCUCUGAGGUCUUCUUCUCACCCAUGCUCAAUGAAAAGGCAGGCACUCUGAAGCUGAGUAACCUGAGCAGUAACAUGUCAGGGAAGUACCUGUGCACUGCCAGCAACACAGCCGGAUCCGAAAGCUGCUUCAUCAACCUAGAGAUAGCCUCCUCCAACAGGGUUGGGGUGAUUGUCGGCGCCACCGUGGGCACGUUAGUUGGCCUCCUCUGCCUUGUACUCAUUUGUGUGUUUUUCGUGAUGAAGAAGCAAAGGGAGAAUGAGGAGGACAUGGCAAAUGAAAUCAAAGAGGAUGCUCAGGCUCCCAAACGUGUGUCCUGGGCAAAAAGCGGAAUGGGUUCAGAUAUCAUCUCCAAGAAUGGCACCCUAUCCUCCAUCGCCUCCAGCCCACAACACCGGGAGCCCUCACACCAAGCAAACAACCACCACCCUUUGCAGCACUACCCCCAGCGCCCUCCCUCUGACACAGCCUCCAUCCUCACAGCCACCGGCAGCACAGCCGGCUACCGUCCUUCACGCCAUCCAGAAGCCUCCACCCCGACCCACUACAGCUACAACAACAACAACACCCUCCCACAUGACCAGCCGGUUUCUUUGGAGGCCAACACCAAUGGAAGCUCCCAACCCAGACCAGAGCGUUACACCCAGCUUCCACAAGCCCAGAUGCUUCCACAGACCUACAGCCACCCUCAGCUCCAGCUCCAGGCUACUCCACCCCCUCCACCACUUCCCUCCUCCACCAUCACCCGCAUGGGCGGGGUGCCCAUUAUGGUGCCUGCGCAGAACCAGGCUGGAUCUCUUGUGUAACAACAGCCGUGAUUUGCGACAAUAUGUUCCCUUUACAUUCUUGGAAAGGUUCAUCUGAAUUUCUUUUUCAAGGCAAAGAAGCGAAGUCGUUAAAAUUUUCCAGAAUUUACGACUCACUCCUUGUUCAAGGUAUAUAUAUAUAUAUAUUUUUUUUUUAAUAUUGUUUAUGCACGCUAUGGCUACAUGGCAAAUGUUUCAAUUGUUCAAUCUUUUGUAGCUUCCUUUUUUAACAUUUUUUUAAUUGUCAUUUGAUCUCAACCGCAUUGAUUUGUUACACUUUCAUUUUUUUCAUUUUGCCUUUUGUUUCUAAAUAUGUAUAUUGUAAUUAUCAUAAUAAAUUGGUUUCGUGACAUAAGCAGAGCACUAUUUAGAAUUGAUUGAUGAUAACUUGCCACAUGCGCCAGUUCAUGUUCAAUUGGCAUUUUUUGCUUCAGAGGCCUCAUCGCUAUGAAGUGCUGUUUUAUUUUAAGAGCAUGUUUGUGAAUAUAAUAUAUAAUAUCAAUUGUGUUAGAGGUGCAUUUCUUCAUUGAAAAAGUGAUUGUCAGAAUCUAAAGAAGGCAAUUCAUUUAAUGAAAAAAAAAAAAAAAAACACUAAUGAAUCUUAUAAGCGUUGAAACAGUUCUCACUAUUUAACAUGCAGGAAAGUUUGAACAUAAUUUCUUAUUUUAAGUUAAACGUCCAAAAUAAUAAUGUUAAGUUGAUUCAAAGUCUCAAGCAGGACAAGAAAUGUAAAUAUG